GACAUCCAGACUCGGGCUGGCACCAUGGCCGAGUACGGGGUGAGAGUGUCCACGGGGGAGGCCAUCGGGGCUGGCACGUGGAACAGAAUAGCUGUCAGCAUCGUGGGGACCCUGGGGGAGACCCCCACACACACACACACACUGCCCCUGGACCAUUUCGGCAAGGAGUUCAGCAAGGGCGCAGUGGAGGACUUCCGGGUGGCGUCGCCCCAGGACGUGGGCCGGGUGCUGCUGCUGCGAUUGCACAAGGGCCCCCUGCUGCUGCCCAGCCCGGUGGGGCCGCUGGCCCGGGACGCCUGGUUCUGCAACUGGCUCCAGCUCACCCCGCCGCAGGGCGCCCCCCUCGGCUUCCCCUGCUACCAGUGGAUGGCGGGCUCCGGGAUCCUGACGCUGCGCGAGGGGGCGGGCAAGGUCUCCUGGGCAGACGAUCACCCCGUCCUCCAGCAGCAACGCAGAGAAGAGCUGCAGGCCAGGCAGGACUCCUACCAAUGGAAGACUUACCGCCCAGGCUGGCCUCGCUGCCUGGACGAGAAGACCGUGAAAGACCUAGAUCUCAACAUCAAAUACUCUGUAACCAAGAAUGUCCACUUCUACUUGAAAGCUGGCUCUGGGUUUACAGAGAUGACACUCAAGGGCCUGCUGUACCGCAAGGGGCUCUGGAAAAGUCUGCACGAGAUGAAAAGGAUGUUCAACUUCCAUAAGUCCCCGGCCGCUGAGUACGUGUAUGAGCACUGGCAGGAGGACGCCUUCUUCGCCUCCCAGUUCCUAAACGGCCUCAACCCUGUCCUGAUCCGCCGCUGCCGCUCCCUCCCAGAGAACCUCCCCGUCACCGGUGACAUGGUGGCCCCCGUGUUGGGCCCCGGGGCCAGUCUGCAGGCUGAGCUGGAGAGGGGCUCCCUGUUCCUGGUGGAUCACGCCAUCCUCUCUGGCGUCCGCACCGUCAUCAACGGGAAGCCUCAGUUCUCCGCAGCCCCGAUGACGCUGUUGUACCAGACGCCCCCCGGGGGAGGGCCUUUGCUGCCUCUCGCCAUCCAGCUCAGCCAGACCCCUGGACCCACCAGCCCCAUCUUCCUGCCCAGCGACAACAAGUGGGACUGGCUGCUGGCCAAGACGUGGGUGUGGAACUCGGAGUUCUCUGUGCACGAGGCCCUCACGCACCUGCUCUCUGAGGUUUUCACCAUGGCCACGCUGCGCCAGCUGCCCCACUGCCACCCGCUCUUCAAGCUGUUGAUCCCACACACUCGCUACACCCUUCACAUCAACACUCUUGCCCGCGAGCUGCUCAUCGCCCCGGGCCAGGUGGUGGGAAGGUCCACAGGCAUCGGCCUCGGAGGCUUCUCUGAGCUGAUACAGAGGCGCACGGAGGAGCUGAGCUACACCGCCCUGUGCCUGCCCGAGGAUAUCCGGGCCCGAGGAGUGGAAGACAUCCCGGGCUACUACUACCGGGAUGAUGGGCUGCAGAUCUGGGGUGCGGUGGAGAGCUUUGUCUCCGAAAUAGUCAGCAUCUACUACCCGAGUGACGCAUCCGUGCGUGACGACAGUGCGCUCCAGGCCUGGGUGCGGGAGAUCUUCUCUGAGGGCUUCCUGGGCCGAGAGGACUCAGGGGUGCCCUCCUCGCUGGACACCCGGGAAUCCCUGGUGCACUAUGCCACCAUGGUGAUCUUCAAUUGCUCUGCCAAGCACUAUGCUGUUAGUGCAGGGCAGUUUGACUCCUCCAUCUGGAUGCCCAACCUACCUCCCACCAUGCAGCUGCCCCCGCCCACCUCCAAAGGCCAGACAGAGCCAGAGGGGUUCAUAGCUACCCUCCCAGCGGUCAAUGCCACGUGUGAUAUCAUCGUCACCCUCUGGUUGCUGAGCAAGGAGCCUGGAGACCGACGGCCCCUGGGCACCUAUCCGGAGGAGCACUUCAUCGAGGAGGCCCCUCGGUGGAGCAUCGCCGCCUUCCAGAGCCGCCUGGCCCAGAUCUCGAAGGAUAUCCAGAAACGGAACAAGUAGCUGGCCCUGCCCUACACCUACCUGGACCCUCCGCUCAUCGAGAACAGCGUCUCCAUCUAAAUCCCCUGAAGAACAGGGCCCCGUGUGACAUCCCUGUGACCCCAUUGAUCUAACCGUCCCCCCUCCCAGAUAGCCAGGCCCCCCGUAUGCCUCUCCUGGGGCGACCAAACCACGUGUAACUCACCCCACACCCAAGAAAACAACAGAAACAAAACAGAGAAACAGCCCCUCCCCCACCCUCCUCCCCCCAGAGAACAGGACCUCAUGGGACUCACCACCAUGCCUUUUGAAGACUCCAAACUUCAAAAUGCCCACAGCCCCCUGAAAGGGUUUUAGGACUUUGUUUUGCUUUGCAUUUUUGCAUUAUAUUAUUAUAUCGUGGGGCGGGGGGGGGAUAUAAUCCUGCCCCUGACCCCACCCACCACAGCUGAGCGGACCUAAUGGUCACCUGACACAGGGCAGCCUCCUAUAGCCUGUCCAGCAGCAGAAGGACAGGCAGGUCGAGAAACUGCCCGAGAGGUUGAUAGUGACCUCUGGCCGCAGCUUUAAAAUGAACAACCCACUGAAAAGGGGCCCCCGGAAACAGGGCAGACAAGUGUCUGGGGACGGGCAGGCUGUGCCCGCGUACCCUUUCUUAAGACCCUGCUUCCAGGUCGGGCGAAAAGCUUGCCUCUUCCAUAGCAGGGUUCCACUUCCAGAGAAUCACGUUGCCUUCUAGAUUCAAUCCUCGGUGACGGGCUUCUGGCGUUCCCCGGGCAUUCUGUCAUCUGCGUUUCUCUUUUCUUGCUCCAAAUCAAUGAGCCUUCCAAAUCGAUGUGUCCCUUUGAACCGACCGAAUGAUUCCCAUCUCUGUCUCCUGUUGGAGGUUAUUAGUGCUUUGGUAUUUCGGGUUCACUUGUUUUUAGAAAUCCGCAUGGACAAAAUGCAACAUAUAUUCAAAUCAUUGCCUAAGCGCAGCUGUUGAGACAGCAGUGCUUCAGAAAGUGCCAGCACGCGGCUCCUGAACUGUUCGCCCUCUGUUGGGAUUGUGUAACACAAAUGAGUCAGGGGCAUAUGGCUGUUAAGCUUUUUGGCUUCAAGCAACAGAAAACAAUUCCUGAUGAUCAAUUAAAGAAAAAAAGUCUAUGGAAAAGAAACUGAGUGUCUCGAGGCGUUAAAAACAAUUAAAUACGGUCCUCAGGAAGGACUGCAAACCCAGGACGCUCUGGGCACAGGAACCAAUGGAAUGGCCAAGCUCCUACAAUUUUCUGCCCUUGAAUUAUUGGCCUCGAUAUUCCAAUUCCACGAGGAAGGGCAUGUCUGACUGAACUUGGAGUGGCAGAAACGAAUAGUUGCUGUGGCAGAAAGAGUUUGGGCUCCUUAAAUAUCUCAGGUUGGGGCGAUAUGACCCAUUCUGGCCAAUGGACUGUGGAGGAAGCAACGUAUUUCACGUCCUAGAUGAGGCUGUUAAACACUGGUGUGCCUCCCCCGUCCUUCUCUUGCCCUUGAGGCUACCUGGGAGGCAUGUUCCAGAAGACAUGAGCCCCAUCCUGCCCUUUAUCACUAGACUGUGAGCUCACGAGGACCGGGUUCACAAGUGCCCACCACAGUGUCUGGCAUACCGCAGGUGCUCAGUAAGUAGGUGUUGAACGGAGGAGUUAAUACACAAGUGAGUCCUAACACC